GUAGUUCUCUGUUGCUUGCCAAUCGUGAAACAUCGCUUCAAGUAUAUCUUAAUGUCUAUUCCGCUAUUAAAGUUGAUUCUAAAAGUUAAUAUAUAAAAAAUGUGGCAAACAUAUCUAAUAGUUAUAGUUGCUUUAAUGGCUGUUGCCAUACAGUCUGAUGAAUCUGAAAAGAAGCAUAAUGCUUUGAUCCACUCAUGUCUGACUGCAAAUAAUCUAACUGCCCUAGAGUUUGAGGAAUGGUCAAAUCAGGGUGACUAUAGCGAUUCUUUGGAAGAUUUGGAGAAUGUUGACAUGAGAUUGAAAUGUUUCACUCAUUGUAUGGCCGAGAAAUUCGAUUUACUCGAUGACAAAGGAUUUCUAGAUGCAGAUCGCAUUGAUAACUACGAGAAACUAAAUGAAACCAAUCGUCAGAUCAUUAUUGACUGUAAAACUGAAUAUGAUAAUGGUAAAUUGGAAAAAUGUGAUUAUGCAUUCAAUAUGUUACUUUGUUAUAUGGAAAAUAUUAAACAAACAGAUGAAUAAGACGGAAAAAUUGUAAUUAUAUGUAAGUUAAAAAAAUUAUAAAAUAAAAGCAAAACAGUAAAACUGG